AUGACGCAGCUGCAAAGAAGACAUUCAGGUGGGAAGCAGUUCGACUCGGAUAUCGAAAAGUUAAUUACAGAGGACGAGCCAGAAAAGAAGAGAAAAUACCGUUUGGAAGAUGGUAUAUUGUUGCUCAUUCCCAUUUUGAUGUUAUUAUUGGUUUUUUUGGGACUAAAAGGAGCACGUAGCUAUAAGCCUGAGAUCUCAUCGACUGAUCAAUUCAAGUUGGAGCAGGCAGAGUUAAUGCAUCAACUCUACCACCAAAAAGCUCACGAAGAGGGAACAACUGACCAACCUGGCAUGCGUUGGAACCGUAAAGGUCCUACCACUACGAAUGACGUGAGAUUAUUAGACGUGAGCUCGCUCAGUGAGUCGAAUACUGUAACAGAAGAGAUUUUGAAGUUGGAUGAUCAUAUCAAGCAGAGUAAUAGACCCUCGGCUACUGCAAUGGCGUCAGACACUGUCAACGUUGCAUUUGACUUGAAGGAGAUGAUGCUGAUCUCUCCUGUUACUAUUUUGCUUGACGAUGACGUAAGUUCGUCUCCAGAAAAGAAUAAGUUUCUUGAAAUUUUGUUCAAGUCACUCAGCAUUAACCCCGAACCCAAAGUGGUUAAUUUGUCCAAGCACCCACAUCAGACCGAGAUUGUGGAUUACUUGCACAAAUACUCCAAGCAUGAAUAUGGGUCUUCAAAUGAAGAAGUUUCCGAUGAUGAGGAUGAAGAUGAACAAGCUACCCCUACCAGGGAGAUUCCUAGAUUGUUUGUUGGUGGUCUUCCAGUUGGUAGAUUUAACGAUAUAAUUGAUGAAUUUAAAAACAAUGAGUUAAUUGCUCAUUUAAGAGAAAGUGGUAAAGGGUUGAUUAAUGUUAACUAA